AGUCUACCUGUUCCGUUCGCUACUCCUCUUUUCCAAUUAUUCUUCCGAUUCAACAAUGCCACUGUUCAGCUAUUUCCUUCAAAAACUGAGAUCUUUCAAGAAUACAAGUGUUUCUCAUGGUUUUAAACAAAAUCCAAACACUGUCUGGAGUCAUCCCAUUUCUCACCCUUCCAAUGAAUCUCCAUCAGCCUGCAAAACACAUUCGGAAAUGAUUCUCAAACCGCUUUGUCGUCAAAAGCGAUUGUACAGAAUGAAAUCUCAAACUCAUCAAUUUCAAAGCGUUCAGUCGGAUGUCAAGUACAGAAUGAUGUCUACUAAACUUUCCAAGCAGAAAAGGAUGAACACAUUCUACAAGAAGAAGCUGGUCGAUUUGAAUCGCAAAAAUUCAAACUAACUUUUUAUCGAUGACAAUUUAAUAUGCGUUUUCUUAAUAAUUUUAAAUUCAUAUAAUAUUUUUCAAAUAAAAUUUUUAAUUAGUCAACGAAUAAA